CAUGUUUACACAUGUUUGAGCGUUCACGUGGAGGAGGUUUUCAGCGUUAAAAUGUCUGCAAAGAAAAAUAAAAGUAAAUUAAAAGGAGCAAGUGAAGGAGACAGUUUAGUGUCCAACAAUGACUCCUCCACACCUGCACAUGAGGGAGGGAGGAGCAGGAGCUUAAACAACUCCUCCACUGUCAUCGACUUCAUUGAUAAAGCUGACGACAAAACACCCAAAAGCUGCAGAUCAACUUUAGUCCAGCUGAGUCUCAAUUCUAUGAAGUCAGCCGGCGUCUGCAUCGGGAGACCGGUCCUGCUGACGAGUCCCACAGGACAACAAGAGGUGUGUUUAGGUUGGCCGGUCGCCUCCUUUCCUAGUGGAAAAGUGGGACUUCAGAAAUGUGCUCAGAGUAACCUCAGAGUGAAGACUGGGGACGAGGUGAUGCUGCACCCGAUAACAGGCCCUGUUCUUCAGGCGGAGGAGGUGGUUCUCUCAAACAGGUCAAAAGAUGAGACACUAGAAACAGAUGAGUUCAAGAACUUCUUACUGCGGACUCUGGUUGGGAACGUCAUUUUGCCAGGAAACGUCAUCUCCCUGACCUACUUCGGCCGGUCCUGCAGUCUGCGGGUCGAGACCAUAAGAGGGGAGGACGGAGUCACCCUCCACAGACCGCCUCCUGCCCCAGGCCCGGAGGAGUCCUCCACGAUGGACUCCGUGCUGGACUCCACCUCAGCCGACCUCUCCCUGCAGCUCAGCAUGCUCGCUGUGGACGACAACGGCGCUGACGGGUCAACGAGCCCGUCUGGAGAGCCGGGCCCCGCGGCCAGCACCCCCCGCCGACCCCCCUACCUCACUUCUGUCUCCUCACCCCCGGCUCCUUGCACGCCGUUCUCCCAGAAUCCUCCUGCGGGGUCAGCGGAGGAUGCCGUGAGUCUGGAGAGCUCACUCAGCUCAGAGCAGCCAGAGAAAACCCCCACAGCUCCACCUGGUGGUGCACUGAGUACUGACACCUUCUACUGCCUCUCCUGCUCCACUAAAGUCAGUGUCGGACACAAAGGAGGGCAGGAGGAUCUGGAUGCACAAGCUGAAAGGUCAAAGGUCAAAUACAGUAUGAUCGGGGGGCUCAGCAGUCAGUUGGAUGUCAUCAGAGAAACCAUAGAGCUUCCUCUGAAACACCCCGAGUUGUUCUCUAACUACGGGAUCCCACCGCCCCGAGGAGUGCUCCUGUACGGGCCCCCCGGCACCGGAAAGACCAUGAUUGGACGAGCCAUAGCCAAUGAGGUUGGAGCUCACAUGACGGUGAUCAACGGCCCGGAGAUCAUGAGCAAAUUCUACGGUGAAACUGAAGCGAGGCUGAGGCAGAUCUUCACUGAAGCGUCUCAGAGACAACCUGCCAUAAUCUUUAUCGAUGAGCUGGACGCUUUGUGCCCGAAGCGAGAGGGAGCUCAGAAUGAGGUGGAGAAACGAGUCGUCGCUUCUCUGCUGACUCUGAUGGAUGGGAUCGGUUCAGAGGGUCACUCCGGUCAGCUGUUGGUUCUUGGGGCCACAAACCGGCCCCAUGCCCUCGACCCCGCCCUGCGCCGACCGGGACGCUUCGACAAGGAGCUGGAGGUGGGGGUUCCUAGUGCUGCAGAGCGCUCAGAUAUUCUGCAGAAGCAGCUGAGCUUCUUGCCGUGCAGCGCCGCCGCCGAGGAGGUGACGCAGUUGGCCGACGCCGCUCACGGAUACGUAGGAGCCGACCUCGCAGCCGUUUGCAAAGAAGCAGGUUUGCAUGCACUGAGGCGAGCACUGGGAGGUUCCCACCAACCGUCAGACCAGCAGCUGACUGGGACGGUGACCGUCACUCUGCAGGACCUCCAGUGGGCCAUGUCUGUCGUGAAGCCGAGCGCCAUGAGGGAGGUCGCUAUCGAUGUCCCCAAGGUCCGCUGGUCGGACGUAGGCGGGAUGGAGGAGGUGAAGCUGAAGCUGAAGCAGGCCGUGGAGUGGCCUCUGAGGCACCCUGAGGCCUUCACCCGCAUGGGGAUCCAGCCACCCAAAGGAGUCCUGCUGUACGGGCCCCCAGGCUGCUCCAAGACCAUGAUAGCCAAGGCCCUGGCUAAUGAAAGUGGACUCAACUUCCUGGCUGUCAAAGGUCCAGAAUUACUGAGCAAGUAUGUUGGAGAGUCUGAAAGAGCCGUGAGAGAGGUGUUUAGGAAGGCGAGGGCCGUCGCUCCCUCCAUCGUCUUCUUUGAUGAGAUCGACGCCCUCGCCAGUGAAAGAGGAAGCUCCUCGGGCUCCGGCGGUGUAGGCGACCGGGUCCUGGCUCAGCUCCUGACAGAGAUGGACGGCAUCGAGCAGCUCCGGGACGUCACCGUGCUGGCCGCCACCAACCGGCCCGACAUGAUCGAUAAGGCUCUGAUGCGCCCAGGUCGCCUUGAUCGAAUCGUCUAUGUGCCUCUGCCAGAUGUUCCAACCCGGCGGGAAAUAUUUUCUCUCCAGUUCCGCAACAUGCCCGUGGCCCAAAAUGUGUCUCUGGAUGAGCUGGUGACUCGCACCGACAAGUAUUCUGGAGCAGAGAUAACGGCAGUAUGCAGAGAGGCUGCCCUCCUGGCCCUGCAAGAGGACAUCAAAGCGGAGCACAUCGAGGCCAGACACUUUGAAAGUGCCCUGAACACUGUGAAGCCCCGGAUCCCCGACUCUGUCAUCCAGUCCUACGUCAGCUAUCAGCAGCGACAGAGCGGCCUGUGCUUCUUCUGAACACGCUGCUGAGGACGAGGUCAAAACUGAAGGAGCUGUUUCCCCCGUGUGAUCUAACAUUAUUUUAUAACAGAAAAGGUUUCAACUGCCCAGAUCUGCUGGACAAGUUAUAUAAGAAAAUGGCAAAAACAACCAGCAAAAUGAAUAUGCCAAAUA